AUGACUUCAAAUCUAUGCGUUUUAACACAAAAAAUUGGACGUCUUCUAUUGAUUGGUUUAAAUCGACCGGACAAAGGUAAUUUAAUCAAUCAAACAACUGCUUCAAUGUUGAAUGAUAUAUUGUACAAUCAAUUUGAUAAAGAUCAGACUAUCAUUGGUGGUGUAUUAUAUGGUGAAGGCAAAGAUUUUUGUUUAGGUUUAGAUAUGGACGAAUUCAUUAAUUAUGUAAAACAAAAUCCAACUUGUGAUAAUUUAACAUUGAAUAAACUUUAUUCUUGUUUAUCUAUAGUAC